UUUGACAAACUGUUUUGUUCUUUAAAUAGAUGAAUAUUGGUCCUCUUACAACUUUUUGAAUGAUGAAGGAAAUUGUUGGAGGAUAUGAUAACAUCGGUGCAUCUAAGCAAGAUUUCAAAAAAUUUCAUAGAGAUUUGAAAGCAUACAUUCAAGGAAGUGAUGCUUAAAUGUUCGUGGAUAACUUUACCAACAAAAAGCUAAUGUGGAGCGCUUUUUUCUUUGAUUUUGAGAUGGAUGAAGAUUAUUGCCUUUGUAGAGCAUUGUAGGCUGACCCCUUUUGUAAAAAGAGUUAUGCUCUAUUUGGUGAUAUGGUAUCCUUUGAUACCACAUACCAAACCAAUAGGUACAACAUGGUGUUUACUCCAUUAACAGGGGUUGACCAUCAUAAGAGCUGCAUUACUUUUGCUGUUGGUUUCAUAGCAAAGGAAGAUAUAGUGUCAUUUGAGUGGUUGUUCAGAUCAUUUCUCAAAGCAAUGGGUGGAAAUGAACCGAAUUGUAUGAUUACAGAUCAAGAUCCAGCAAUGAAAAUUGCUGUUAAAAGUGUGUUUAACAAGACUGAACAUCGCUUCUGUAUGUGGCACAUGAUGAAAAAGUUACCAGAUAAGGUGGAGAAAUCAAUCAUGCAAGAAGAAACUGGUUUCCUAAAAAAAUUAUGUGCUUGUGUUUGGCAUCUUGACAUUGAACCUGCUGAGUUUGAAGAAAGGUGAAACAAGAUGAUGGUUGAAUACCACUUGGAAGAACAUGAGUGGUUAGGUUAUAUGUACAAGAUAAGGAACAAGUGGAUUCCGGCGUAUUUCAGAAAUGUGUUCCUUGGAGGAAUAAUGCGUACAACAUCAAGAUCCGAAAGCGAAAACAACUUUUUCUGCUCCUUUAUCAAUCCUCAUGUGUCACUUGUUGAGUUUUACUUGAGAUAUGAAGCUGCAAUUGAUGCCCAGAGACACACUCAAGGUCAGAAUGAUAAUGAUUCAAAGCACAAAUAUCCUGAGUGCAAAACACCACUAGGGAUAGAAAAGCAUGCCUCACAUUUAUAUACUAACUCUGUCUUUUAUGAAUUUUAAUAUGAGGUUGAAAUUGCUUGUUUUUCUUGUGGUGUUGAUGAAUUGAAGAAAGAAAAUGGAUUGGAAGUUGCAAAAGUAAGUGAUGGAAAUCGGAUUAGAACAUUUGAUGUUGUGUUUAAUCCAACUAACUAUGAUACCACAUGUUCUUGCAAGCUAUUUUAUAGACAAGAAAUUUCAUGUAGACAUAUGAUUUGGGUUUGGAAAGCAAAAAGGUUUGAAACCAUUCCUGAGCAGUAUAUGCUACACAGAUGGACUACUAUGGCACUGAAAAAAUCAAUUUUUGACUUGGGUGGAAACCUGUUGGAGCAAUGUGCUAAUUUAAUUGACAAGAAAAAAUUGUUAAAUGAUUUAUGGUCAGAGAUACACACUUGUGUAAGUUUGGCAGAAGGCAAUGAUGAAGAUAUUCAAGAUCUUGUGAUAAAUCUUCAAGGAAUAAGAAAGGAUUUGGAGGCUAAGAGGAUUGCAAGGAAUAAUGAAACAACAGGAAGUGCAAACAACAAAGGACAAGACAUUGAGCUAUUGAUUGGAGCUAGUGUGCCAACUGAAAUAAUUGUCAAACCUCCAAAAAUUUCAAAGAAUAAAGGGACUGGAGUUCAUGUAUCAAAUGAAGAGACUUCAAAAGAGAAAGGGGCUGAGAUUGAUGUGCCAAAUGUUGAAACAAGAGGUAGAAGUGCAAAAAGACUGAAGGUAGAAAAAGAAAAGGCUGUAGAACAAAACCAGAAAAAGAAGAGAUUAUGUAGAGGUUGUGGUGAAUUGAGUCAUCAUGAUAUUAGAAAUUGUCCAAACAAAGUAUAAUGAUACUUUUAUAAAAAUAUAAGAUUUAGCAUUUUGUGUUUUUAAUUUUGUUGAAAUGAGCAAAUAUUUUGCAAGCUCUGUUAUCUAUCAUACACACAUGUAUUUAUACCAAAGCUAUUCUAAUGUCCCUGGUAUCCCUACAAUUCAACAAGUUCCUGGGGUCUAAACACAGCAUUGCCUCAAUUCACAGCUAGCUUUUAUAGAAAACAAAGAAUAUGCACCUUCAGCAAUUUAGAGUACAAAUUUCCCAUGGGGUCACAUAAUUGCUCCUUAAUCCAUGUGGUGAGGUCUCCUCCUUCACAUGUCAGUGUCUUUACAUAAGCUACCCUUACAUAAAAAACCAACACAUUAUAAUUGUGCAACCAUUCUUUACUAAAAUGAUAAGCUACAAACAAGGGCCUUUAUGCUAAAUCUUCACUGCUCCCACACUAUCUCUAAAACAAAGCCUCAAACCUCUUAUGACAUAUUCAAGUUCCAAAGAAUAGGCAUUUUCAGCAUUUAAACAAUUUAAAAAUUAAAUGCCAAAGGCAAAUCAAAGACAUUUAAACAAGGCAUAGCUAUAAUUCUGGAUAUUAACUAAGUAUAGCACAAAUGAACUUAACAAAGCAGUAAGCAGAAGCAACAGAAAUAGUCCAAUCCAAGAUAUUAUACAAUGAGUUCAGUAAAGAGAACAACCCAACAUACCCUAAUCUUCAAAAUCAUAGAGGCUAAAUUAACUAG